AUGAAGGAGAACUUUUAUCCAAAUUUCUUGAAGAGGCAAAAGGCCAUUGAGUUUGAAGAGUUGAAACAAGGUGACAUGAUUGUGGAACAGUACUAUGAGAAGUUUGUAGGAUUGAUGAAGUUUGCUCCAAAGUUAGUACCUACUGAGGAAAGAAAGGCUAUUAGGUUUGAGACUGAAUUUAGUAUUGAGGUGAAGCUUAGGCUAGGAGGUUCAAUUUUCAGGACCUUAGAGGAAGUGUACAAUAGAGCUGCUUAUUUAGGUUCCUAUUUGAAACAAGAUGGAGUUGAGAGCUCAAACAACAAGAGAGAGGAGAAUCCUAGUCAGAAUUUUCAGAGGAACGAUAAGAAGUUCAAGCCUCAACAUAACUUUCACCACGGAGGACAAUCUAAUGGCCAAAGGAAUAGGGGCCAGAAAGGAGAUGAACACGUGUAUUUCUGCAAGAAGUGCCCCUACAAUCAUCCUGGGAAGGAUUGCGAAGGAAAGCUAGUGGAGUGUAACUACUGCCACAAAUUGAGUCAUCGAGAGUAUGAGUGCUUCUCCAAGAAACCUGAGUUGAGGACUAACAAGGGCAAGAGCAGAAAUCAGUUUGGUCAGGGCAAUCGAAACCACUCAGGAGGCAACAACUAUCAACGUGGAGACAAGCGAAAUGGAAACAACAAGGCUAUUUCGAGUGGAGCUGGCCCUAGUGUGCCUGCAGUGGCAAGAUUGAAUGUCAUAAGUGCUAGAGAAGCUGAGACGUCUAAGGAUGUAGUUACGGCUAGUUGUUUCAAAAUAUGGCUUAGAAACCGUAGGGAUGUUGAAAUUCCUAUUAUGUUACUAUCUGGGGAAGUAGUAACUUGCUCAAGAGUAUAUGAGAAUGUCCUUGUGAGAAUUGGGGAUGUAGACUUUGAAACCAACCUCAUAGAAUUUCCAUUGGAAGACUUGGAGAUCAUUUUAGGAAUGGAUUGGCUUAAGGAGUAUAAAGCCGAGAUUCUUUGUGGAGAACAAAAAGUGAGAUUGAGGAAUAAGAAUGGGAAAAAGGUGACUUUCAAGACUAAACCACAAGAAGGUAGAAUUAAGAUCAUUUCAGCCUUAAGUUUGGUAAAGCAAGUGCAGAAGGGAGCUCCGUUAUUCUUGUGUAGUGUGCAGAGGUUGGAAGAAGAGAAGCUUAAGAUAGAGCAUGUGAAGUGGUGA